ACUGUUCUAGAGGUCACGACAUAUCGUGAAGAAAACAAAAAUCCCUGUCUUCAAAGAACUUCUUCUUGAGGAGGUAGACAGUUUUUGAAAAAGCAGGGAAAUAGUUAUACAGUGUGUGUGAGAGAGAGAGAGUUACAGCUUUCGAUGGGGUGGCCAGUGAAGGCCUUGCUGGGAAGGUGAUGCUUGAACAAGGUUUAAGGUGAGAGAGAGAGCAGUCCAGGCAGUGGGCAUAGCAAGUGCAAAGGCCCUGUGGCAGGACUGGCUGCCAUGUGGGAGGGGCCCCUGAGGACACUCGUGGCUGAAGUGGAAUGGCAGGGGGACAGUGGAGAGAUGAGAACAGAAAGGAAGGAGGACAGACCUUAAAAGGCCUGGUAGAUCUGAGCAAGGAGGGAGAUGAGCCAUGGAGGGUUCUAAGAAGAAUGACAGGAAGACUGUGGCUUCCAUGGAGUACUGGGAGGACUGCAGCCAGCGUGGAAACCGGAGACCAGUUCAGAGACUUGGAAUAAUCAGAUGAAGGCUGGCGGCCCCAGCUGGGUGGCCAGGAGAGGUCAGAUUCUAGCCAGGUUUUAAGGCAGAGCUGACAGGUGGAAUGGCUGCAGGGAGGCGCAGGUGCGGGGGCAGGGGAUCAGGAGUCGAGUCUGGACACUUUACUUCUGGUGUUUGACGUGCCUCAGACAUCCCAGGGGAUGGAUAAAUCUGGGGUGAGGGUUGGGAAUGAAAAUGGAAAAGACAUCAUUGGGAUGUCGAUAAAUUAGCAGUCAGGCUGAGAACCGGCUGCUGGAUCUGGAGGGGCACUUUCAGUGCUGUGGGGGCCAAAAGCCAGCCUGGAGUGCACCCAGAGGGAAGGGGCGGGAAGACAUGGGAGCUGGACACAUUUUUCAAGGAAUUUCAUUGUAUAAGGAGAGCAGAGAACCUGUGGCUGUCCCUGGAGGGGUCGUGGGGUCAAUAUUCCAACAUGUAUUUCUAAAAAGAUAAAUCCUUAAAAAGACCACCAGAAUACCAUUUGCAAACCUAAAAAAAACAAUACUUAACUAUCGUCACAUAUUCAACCAGUGUCCAAAUCUCCCUGGUUACCUCUAUGUUUUUAGUUUGUUCGAAUCAGCAUCGAAAUAAGGUGCACCUUGCAACUGGUAGGUAUAUCCCAAAGUCUCUUUUAACUGUGGGUUUUCCCCUUAAUCUCUCUCUCAAUCUCUCCCUCUUUUUCUUCUCUUUCCUUGAAAUUCACUCUCUUUUCUCGGGGACUUUCCAUCUGAAUUUUGAUGAUUGGAUCAGGAUGGGCUGUGACCUCUGUCCUUGAUAUUUCCUGUGACUUGAGGUAUAAACCUAGAUAAGUCUGAUCAGAUUCAGGUUCCAUUUUUGGCAAGUGACCUCUUAGGUGGAGGUGCGCACGUCCAUCAGGAGGCGCCCAAAGUCUCGUGGUCCCUCAUUUUGUGAUGUUAGGGGCAGAUAACAAUCCGUGUCUAGAUCCACUAGGGCAGCAAAGUGGUGCUCUGUCAAUUCUACGCUUAAAGGAAGAGGAGGGUUUUUUUUUUACUUAUAAGGUGGGAGCCAGCCUGUUUGUACACGGGUGGGAAUGACCCAGUUGAGAGGGGGCAUGGGUGAUGCUUGGCUUCAACCUUUGACCCCAACCUCUAACUUGGCCCCACCCCAUGAUCAUGGCCUUGAUGUCACUACCCUGAACCCCGUGCCCUUGACCCCUUCCUCUCAGCCUGAGCGGACUUUUCCCUUAAUCUCAAGUCCCGGCCGACUCCACAACCCGGGCCUUGGCCCAAAGCCUCCAAUAGCCCCUGGCCCAGAACCCCAGGCGGAAUCCCGCCGUCGAGCCCCGCCCCCCGGCCUCCAUCUUCGGCGCCCCACAGCGGGGGAAGAGGUGGGUUCUACGGGAAGCCAAUAGCUUGAGAGGGCGAGCCGAGCAGCAACCAGUAGCCUUGGCCGGGAGGCGGGACUCUGGGAAAGGCCAAUCACUGAAGCGGCUCGGUGCGGCCACAGCCAAUGGCUCGGGGCGGGGGCGUAGCCCCGACUCCGACCGCUUCCACGACCCGGCUCCGGGGUUAUGGCCGGGAGUGGUCGGCUGGCGCUGGGGACGCUACCGGUGCCCGGCUGGGUGCGGGGCUCGGGCCCGGCUGUACUGAGCCGCCUUCGGGACGCGGCUGUGGUGCGGCCAGGUUUCCUAAGCGCGGCCGAGGAGGAGACGCUGAGCCGCGAGCUAGAGCCCGAGCUGCGCCGCCAUCGCUACGAAUACGAUCACUGGGACGCGGCCAUCCACGGUUUCCGAGAGACGGAAAAGUCACGCUGGUCAGAGGCAAGCCGGGCCAUCCUGCAGCGCGUGCAAGCAGCUGCCUUUAGCCCUGGCCAGACCCUGCUGUCCCCGGUGCAUGUGCUGGACCUGGAACCUCGGGGCUACAUCAAGCCGCACGUGGACAGCAUCAAGUUCUGUGGAGCCACCAUCGCUGGUCUGUCCCUACUCUCUCCCAGCGUCAUGCGGCUGGUGCACACCCAGGAGCCAGGGGAGUGGCUGGAACUCUUGCUGGAGCCAGGCUCCCUCUACAUCCUUAGGGGCUCAGCCCGUUAUGACUUCUCCCAUGAGAUUCUUCGGGAUGAGGAGUCCUUUUUUGGGGAGCGUCGGGUUCCCCGGGGCCGACGCAUCUCUGUGAUCUGCCGCUCCCUCCCUGAGGGGAUGGGACCAGGGGAGCCGGGGCAGCCGCCCCCAGCCUGCUGAACCCCAGGCCCUUCCCCCAGCUUCUCGGAGACACCGUGUUUGUGAAUAAAGUUGGAGAGUGGACAA